UCUGGACAAUGAAGGAGGCCCUUCGUAAAUUUGGUUUGGAGUACUGCGAGCUACCAGACAUGUUGUCGAAUGUGUCCACGAUGCUGAGGAUGUUGACUCUUAACGUGGACAGCAGGAAUAAGACACCAAUACUACCCAUAUUUAAAAUCUUAAUGGUGAUCAUGAGUAUCGACUACAUCUACGUGUAUGUCAUCUCUGGAGUCUGGUUUAUAUUCUGGCAUUGUAUCAGGACCGGCGAGCUGGGCCCGGCUAUGAUUGCUUUCUCUCUCAUGAGCACCAGUGCUGUUGCCUUCAUUAAGCUGCUCUAUAUGAUUUUUUAUGAAGCAAAGUUCAAGAGUUUGAUAGACAGAUACAUGGCUUGUGACUCUCUCACAGUAAAAGGCAGUAGGUUUUCAAAAAACUUGACUAAAGCUCUCAGGGAUGUGAAGAAGCGAGGGAUUGUUUAUUGGCUGGUACUGAAUAUGAACGCGGUGUUGUAUGUACUGCGGCCAAUGGUGACUCCUGGGAAGCAUUUGACAGUGGACACGUUUAUAAUAAUUGGUCUGGACCCGAUGUUCAAGUCUCCAAACUAUGAGCUGGCUGUUCUAAUGGUCAUGGUUGGUGUAUUCUUCAUUUGUUUCACGGUAGCUAACGUCAACUGCUUCUUCAUCAUGAUCACCGGCUAUACAGAAUCCCAAAUGUUAGCCUUAGCAGAAGAGAUGACUCACAUCUGGGAUGAUGCUAACGAAUACUACCAGACAAUGAUGAAAGAAUUAAGUAUGUAUGGAUCGGUGUACUUAGAUCAUAAGGACUUUAAUCGUAUAAAAGAAACAGAAGUACUUAAUAGUCAUGUGACAGAACAUCUGAUAGAUAUCAUACAGAGACAUGCGUUCAACGUGAGUCUUCUAGAGGAGAUAGAAGAUGUGAUGAGAGGACCUAACGCUGUAGGAUUCUUAUUUCUAAUCGUGGGUCUGGUGGGAGAAUUACUUGGGGGGUUAAACAACACGAUACUGCAGUUACCAUUUACUCUGUCACAGAUUGGGACGGACUGUUUUUUGGGGCAGAAGAUUAUGGACGCGAAUAUAAAAUUUGAACAGGCCGUGUACGCUUGUAAAUGGGAGAAUUUCAAUCAGGUGAACAAGAAGAUUGUGUUGGUGAUGUUGCAGAAUUCACAGAAGACUAUGACCCUGACAGCUGGUGGGAUGGCGACGUUGAGCUUCAGUUACUUCAUGAACAUCAUCAGGUCGACUUAUUCUGUCUACACAACACUGCGGUCUAAUAUUUAGAAGUUUUCUAGUCAAUACAGAGUUAAGACUU